AAAUGCUUCAUUCAAUUGUUUGUCAUCAAAUCGUUCCGUUGCAAGCGCUUAGUUUACUGUUUUAAAGUAGUUUUAAUUAAAAAGCAAUUCUGCUGCUAAAAAACGAAAGAGGCGCGCGUUUUACAAGCAAAUCUGUUAAAAUAAACCAGAAGUGUUUCAAGUAUUGGUUUUUUUUUUUUUUUUUUUUUUGCUUAUUUUUGUUAUUAUCAUCUUACGUUGUUUUCAUUAUCAAAGUAAUUUGCAUAUGAGAGCCUGUUUUUGUGUUACAGUAAUUAAAGAGUCUGAGAAACAAAAUUGAAAAAUAUUGUGGAAAAAUAAAAUGUCUAAAGCACCGACGGUAAAAUUCUUCGAUAUUUAAAAAUUUAUGCAAACGUAUCGACAAAAAUAAAUCGAGAACAGUUAGUGCAUAUAAGGCGAAAGUUUAUUAAGAAUAGUGUAGUGUAGAUCAACAUAAAAAAUUGUAUAAGUAAUUAAAUUAAAAUGGCUGUAACAAAUUUUUCAUUACCUUUUGGUAACCUAUCGCCGAAUUUGGCUCCUUGGAGUCCAAGUGUAUCGCCUUUACAUCCAGUUCAUGAACAGCUAGCAGCCGGAAGCAAUAAUCUUUUAUAUUCACCGGCCGAGCAUCAGCAACAAAAUGAGGGUUUACCGCCACCGCCGGGAUCAGAUAUUUAUAAAAAUAAUCCGUACGCUCCGCCUCAACAAGUGCAAACAACAAGUUAUCAAUUUAGUCAGAAUAAUAGUAAUGGGAGACGAAAGAAUACUUAUUUACCGCCCAUACCACCACCGGGGGCGAUAAAUACGCAGUUUCAGCAAGUGCCACAACAACAGCAAUUUCCUCAUCAUAGCCAACAGGUGCACUUUAGUCACAUUGACUCUCAAACUCAAACGCAACAACAAACUGCUAACAAAAAUGCGUUCCAAACUGGUAUCGCAUCUUCAGCUUCAGCUUCAUAUGCCAGCUCGACUACUGCGAGCAAUACACGCACUUAUGGUGAAGGUUCUUAUUCAACUAUGACUCAAAAGCAAUCGCAGAAUAUUCAUCAUCGUCAACAAGAACAAAAAUACUUUAAUAUUUUUAAUACACCAAAUCAGCAACAGCAACAACAUCAACAACAACAUCAAAUACGUACAUCGACGGGUAAUUUAACUCCUCGGGCUCAAACAAACAGAAAUUAUAGUUUUGAACAUGAAAAGAAAACGCCAGCUUAUGAUGUUUCGGCAAAUGCCCCCGAACUCGAGAGUUAUGUUAAUAAAUCGCCUAAUGAAGGCUCCAAACAAAAGCCAUCGUUUAACUCUGACAAUGACGGCAAUAAGCCUUACCCUGAGCGACCACCAGGUUUUACAAGAGUGCAAGCCGGUCAAGGUGGUCGAACACAAGUUCAUGCAGUAUUGGAUUAUGAUCUGGAAGAAGGCGAAGAAGAUGAUUAUUAUGAUGUUCAAGAUCAAGGCGAACUAGUUAAUAAAGAUGGUGCCAAGAAGUCGUCUAUGCCGACGGUGACUCCCAUACAAGGACCCAUACUAUUGAAAAACAACACUGUGCCAGUUGUACCGUUGUAUUCGUAUCCCACCUUAAACAACGGCACUUUAGUCCAAAUACCAAUAUGGUGGACCGCCUUAUCAGUGGCGUUGGGCUUAGAUGUACGAGGCGAUGUUAUCAAAGGUGUGCCAUGUAUAAAACGUUAUCAUCAGUUAUUCUGUCCAACUGCUGGCAACAGUUAUCCAAUAGACAAAAUUGAACGUUUUAUUGAUGAGAAUAAAGCUUUAAUGCGCCGAAUGUACGGUGACUUUGAAAUGAAUAUGGAUAAUGGUGGACCUAAGCAACAAGCUAAAAAGCGUAAAAAACGUUUCAUAGACGAACCGGACAUAUUUAUACCUCCAGGUGUGCUUCCUUCAGUGAUAACAGAAAACGAUCGGUUAGACGCACAUGCGGAAGAAACUGGUGAGAGCUACUUCGGCAAGCUUAGAAAUAAAAGGCAAAACAAUCAGGCUGGUAGCCGUAAUGCUAAGCAAACUAAUUCGAAUGGUUCAAGAUCGUCGGGUUCGGGAAGAUUAGAUGCCUGCGAAUCAAAAAUUGAGAUAGUUACUCCUUACUGGGCAUCAAACUCAGCUGGAAAAAUUAGAGCCAUAGUUAAUACACAACAUUUUGAACAAGCCAUACACCAAGAAAUAUGUUCCAAAGCUCAAACUCCACGCUGCCAGGAUGACUGCGGUUGUGAGCAAAAAUACAAAUGGCAUCGUUUGUUGGCGUAUGAUCCUGACAACGACUGCAAAGGUAUUUUCAUGGAUUGGUUUCUGUUUCCCUCAUGUUGCGUGUGCCGCUGUAAUCCUUGAAUUUAAAAGUCACUGAUUUAGAUUUUCCUUAAAACAAUGCUCCCAAAAAACUAUAGCGUAUACUUUAAUUUCUUUUAGUAUUAAAAUAUCA